AUGGAGCCCUCCCCUGCCGCGGGCUCGGAGACCACGCGGCUGGUGAGCCCCCGGGCCCGCGGCGGCGCGGCUGGCGGCCUGCGCCUCAAGAGUCUCUUCACAGAGUCCUCAGAGGCCCUCUCAGAGGAGUCCAAACCUGUGGAAAUGCCCUUCCACCACUGCCACCGGGAUCCCCUGCCGCAGCCGGGUCUCACCCCCGAGAGGCUGCAGGCACAGAGGCAGCUGUGUGCCGCCUGUGCCGUGUGCUGUGUCUUCAUGGCAGGGGAGGUGGUCGGUGGGUAUCUGGCGCACAGCCUGGCCAUUAUGACUGACGCAGCCCACCUGCUGGCUGACGUGGGCAGCAUGGUGGGCAGCCUCUUCUCCCUCUGGCUUUCCACCCGUCCAGCCACCCGCACCAUGACCUUUGGCUGGCACCGCUCAGAGACUCUGGGGGCUCUGGCCUCUGUGGUUUCCCUCUGGAUGGUCACUGGCAUCCUCCUGUACCUGGCCUUCAUUCGUCUGCUGCACAGCGACUACCACAUCGAGGGGGGUGCCAUGCUGCUGACCGCCAGCAUCGCAGUCUGUGCCAACCUGCUAAUGGCCUUUGUGCUGCACCAGGCUGGCCCCCACCACAGCCAUGGGUCCCAUGGGGCAGAGUAUGCACCGCUGGAGGAAGGGUCCGGGGAGUCCCUGCCCCUGGGGAACACCAGCGUCCGAGCAGCCUUUGUGCAUGUGCUGGGGGACCUCCUGCAGAGUCUUGGGGUGCUGGCUGCCUCCAUUCUCAUCUACUUCAAGCCUCAGUACAAGGCAGCUGACCCCAUCAGCACCUUCCUCUUCUCCAUCUGUGCCCUUGGAUCCUCGGCUCCCACCCUAAGAGAUGUUCUCCGUGUCCUCAUGGAAGGUACCCCCCGAAAUGUGGGGUUUGAGCCGGUACGGGAUACACUUUUGUCAGUGCCAGGAGUCCGGGCAACUCAUGAGCUGCACCUGUGGUCUCUGACGCUCACUUACCACCUUGCCUCUGCACACCUGGCCAUUGACUCCACGGCUGACCCCGAAGCUGUCCUGGCUGAAGCCACAUCCCGGCUCCACUCCCGGUUUGGAUUCUCCAGCUGCACCCUGCAGGUCGAGCAGUACCAGCCCGAGAUGGCCCAGUGCCUGCGCUGCCAGGAGCCCCCCCAAGCCUGAGCCGCUGUCCCAGCUCCACCCCACUGCCAGGCCCAGCCUCAGCCCUGGACUCAUCACCUGCCUCCCUGCUCAGAGAAGGGACAGAGCCGGGGUCAUACCCCUUCCGCUCUCCUUCCUUCCACCUGCCAACUACCAGCCCCCAGCCCUCGCAGGCAAGACCAAAGUGUGUCAGGGAGUGGGGCUGAACAGAUUUGGCCAUUUCUGGAGCGGGCAUCCUGGGCCUCAAUGCAGUGGGGGUGGUAGGUCUUGGGGUCCCCUAUUCCCCAUGGUCCGGGAAGCCACUAGUGUCCUUUCCGUGCAGUUCAUUUGUCCGUGUGGCAGGCUGGCUGGCUGGGGGCAUCUGCCUGUCUGUGUGCUGUCGGUGUGCCUAUGCCCGGGGGAGGUCAGCAGGGGCCCCCUCCCCACCUGGCCCUCGCGCUGUCUAUGCAGGAGCCCCAAAACUCGCACUUUGUCUCUGUGUUCUAGCCCUGUGGUUUUGUCUCCGUGUGUGUUUCUUGGUGCUGUGGCCUGUGUGUGUCUGUGCCUGUGUGGCUGUGCUAUGGUCUCUAUGGGUCUGCACCAUCCCUGUAAGUGUCUGGGGGUCUGUCUGUCGCUCCCUCUUUUGGUGCUGUGCCCUCGGCUAUCCCAGAGAGAGGGAGGACUCUACCACAGCUCCACCAAUAAACUUGUGUCUGACUGCAUCUUUUAGCAGCUUCACUGACUCCUGAGGAGGGGAGUAGAAUUGCCCA